AUGACUGAUCAAGAAGUUACGGGCUUCGAUGAUGGUGAGGUGUUGCAACGUGUGCACAAUGUUGAUCAAAUGGUGCGGGAUGUUGAGUUUCAAGGAGUGUACACAACUUCUGAAUUAGCGAGGCUGAAGCAGUUCAUUGAAGAUUCAAAGAAACCCCUCUAUCCUGGUUGCCAGAAGUACUCUCGCCUUUCUGGUGAUCUAAAACUUCUGCAGCUUAAGGCAGAUCAUGGCUGGAGCAACAAAAGUUUCAAACAACUAUUGGAUCUGCUUAGAGACAUGCUACCUGAGGGAAACCAAGUAGCCGAGUCUGUCUAUGAGGCAAAGAAGAUAAUCUAUCCUCUGGGAAUAGAGGUUGAAAAAAUUCAUGCAUGCAAGAACAGUUGUGUAUUGUUCCGUGGAGAUUAUGCAGACCUUGACAAGUGCCCCAAGUGUGGGUGUGAUCGGUACAAGAGGAAAAAAGAUGGUGGAGAUGAUAAUGCUGAUGACGGGAACAUGCCCGUGGAGAUCAGAGGCAAGAAGAAGGUUAACAGAGGGGGUCCUGUGAGGGUGGCAUGGUAUUUUCCCGUCAUUCCCUGGUUGAAAAGAUGGUUCGCCACAAGAAAGGAGGCCCAACUCUUGCGUUGGCAUAAGGAAGGCCGAAAGAAGGAAAAUGACAAGCUUAGGCACCCCGCAGAUGCAGCACAAUGGGGUAACAUUGAUUCCCACUUUAAGUGGUUUGCUGAUGAUUGCAGAAACCUUCGGUUCGCUAUGAGCACAGAUGGCGUUAACCCAUUCGGUAACCAGAGUUCAACACAUAGCACCUGGCCUGUCGUGCUCUCAAUGUGCAACCUUCCACCCUGGCUAUGCAAGAAACGGAAAUACAUGAUGCUGACAAUAUUAGUCUCUGGGCCAAAGCAACCUAGUGACCAUAUUGAUGUCUACUUGAGGCCACUAGUUGAUGACUUGAAGACACUUUGGAAGCCUGGUGUGAAGGAGGUUUGGGAUGAGUUCGGGCAUGAGGAGUUCACAUUGCACACCAUGUUGUUCACCACCAUCAACGACAACCCAGCUCAUCGCAACCUCUCCGGCCAGAGUAAAAGGAAAGGUGCAGCUUGCCAACACUGCUUGGAAGAAACUUGCUCAUUGUGGCUAAGAAAAUCAAAGAAAUUCGCAUUUAUGGGGCAUCGUCGUUUCCUCAGCAAGAAACAUCCCUACCGGGACAUGGAUUGUCAGUUUAAUGGGGAAAAGGAGAAUCGAGUGGCGCCUCUGCAUGUGACUGGAGAUCUGGUCCUCUUGCAAGUCAAGAACAUCAAAACUAUCGAGGAGUUACCCAAAAUGACUGAAAAAAUCCUUGGCAAAAGAAAGAAACGAGAUGGUGAAGAAGAAGAAGAUGGGAAAGGAAUUUGGAACAAGAAAUCAAUUCUAUGGGAGCUAGAGUAUCGGGAGCUGUUGGAUGUGCGUCAUUCGAUUGACAACAUGCACGUCAAGAAGAAUGUGUGUGAAAGCGUUUGUGGAACAUUACUGCAACAGAAGUUGAAAGGAAAAGAUCAUAAAAAUGCAAGGGAGGAUCUUAAAGAUAUGGGCAUUAGGUCGGAGCUCUAUGCAGAGGAAACCGACACGGGGACGGACCUUCUCGUCGCUGCAACCACCUUGUCAAAGACAGAGAGAAAAGAAUUCUGUGAGUUUUUGCAUGGUUUGAAAGUACCUUCAGGCUACUCAUCGAACUUCAAGAGGCUAGUGUCGGUGAAGGAUAUGAAAAUGAAUUUCAACUUGAUGAAAUCUCAUGAUUGCCAUGUGUUGAUGACAGCUCUUCUUCCUGUUGCACUUAGAGGUAUCAAGAUAGUACAGGUUCGCGACGCGGUCACGAGCUUGUGUUUAUUCUUCAAUGCAAUAGAACAGAAGGUGAUUGAUGAGGAAGAACUAUUGAAGUUAGAGAGGAGGCAUUUCGAGACCCUAUGCAUGCUUGAAGCUACCUUCCCACCAACAUUCUUUGAUCUCAUGAUCCAUCUAACAGCACAUCUCGUGAGGGAGAUCUGGUUUCUUGGCCCAUCUUACCUUCAUCAGAUGUUUCCAUAUGAGAGGUACUUUGGAUUCCUCAAAUCAUUGGUACAUAACCAGUCAUUUCCGGAGGGAGCCAUGGUUCGUGGCUAUAGGACCAUCGAAGCAGUGGAGUGGACCAUGGGUUAUAUGGACCCCCAAAACCCCAUUGGUGUGCCUCAUUCACGGCAUGAAGGUAGGCUUGCAGGUGUUGGGACCAUGGGGAUAAAGUCAAUCACUCCGGAUCCAGAUGCCUUCAACAAGGCUCAUUUCACCGUGAUACAACAGAUUGACCUGAUUACACCAUUUGCCAACGAGCACAACCAACAACUACGUGAAGAAAACCCUGCCCGUAGUGAGGCUUGGGUUGCAAAGAAGCACAUGCAAUGCUUCAGCUGGUGGCUCCGAGAUUAUGUCUAG